UCAGCUCGACUCUUUUCCGGCUUAUACAACGGUAAAACGUGAAUUUUGAGGGGCCUGUGUGUUAAGGGACUAAAUAGCAAUGAGCCCAUAAAAAGAAGCAUAUAGAACCGCCACACACACAGUGUAAAGAAAAGAAAUGUGGCGAUCACGGGAAUUAUUGAAAAGCGGUGCGGUUGUUGUACGGCGGAGAUGGAUGAGCACGGUGAUGAGUUUCGGCGACGGAAGUCACGGAGCAUUAGGAUUACCAACAACAACCGUAGGCAUAGGAGUAGAUUCAUACGAACCUACUCCAAUUCCUUCUCUACCUUCUGAUAUUCUUACAAUCCAUGCCGGUCACUAUCACUCUCUCGCAACCACUUCACAAGGCCAUCUUUGGGCUUGGGGUAGAAACAACGAAGCCCAACUGGGUCGUGGGCUUUCCGGUAGAGAAACAUGGAAUGAACCGAAAAGAGUAGAGGGUCUUGAAAAUGUGAAGGUCUGUGCUGCUUUUGCAUCUGGUGUUGUUUCUUCUGCUGUUGGUGAAGAUGGUUCUGUUUGGGUUUGGGGGAAAUCGAAACGUGGUCAGCUUGGUCUUGGAAAAGAUGUUAUUGAAGCUGUUGUUCCUUCUAGAGUUGAAGCACUUUCAAGGGAAAAUAUUGCGAAGGUCUCGUUUGGUUGGGGGCACGCACUUGCUUUAACUGUGGAUGGCAAGUUGUUUGGGUGGGGAUAUUAUGCGGAUGGGAGGAUUGGGAAUAUGGGGAAUGAUCGCUUGGAGUCAUCUCCAUUAGAUUCAGCUGCAAUUGCGUUUUCAAAUAACACACAACUCACGAGUUCAGACCUUGAAGUUGCUGAAAAGAAAGUCUUACAAGGAAUGAAGGAGGAGAGUAACAUGCCAAUAAUAUGGGAACCUCGCUUGGUGGAAGAAUUGCGUAACGUUCAAGUUGUGGACAUUGCAUGUGGCCUUGAUCACUCUUUAGUUCUUUGCCGUGAUGGUGUCCUCUUGAGCAGUGGGAGUAAUGUGUAUGGCCAAUUGGGGAGAACUAGACAAGAUUUGGGAUUUUUUCCUGUUGAUAUAGAUUUCACUCCCGUUUCUGUAGCAGCAGGGGUUGGCCAUUCUUUGGCAAUAUGUGAGCUUGAUGAAUCGGAUGGUAGUGACACUGUGGGGGCUACAAACAUAGCGUCAUGGGGAUGGAAUCAGAGUUCUCAGCUUGGAAGGUCAGGACCUGCCAAUCUUCCUGCCUUGAUUGAUACAUUGGAUGAGGAAAAUCCGGUGUCGGUUUCAGCAGGGCGUGCACAUUCGAUUGCUCUUACGUCAAAAGGAGACAUGUGGGUCUGGGGAUCUGGUAAAAAUGGCAGGCUUGGACUGUCAAGUUCUGUUGACGAAGUUGAGCCGUUUUACCUUGAUUCCUUGGAAGGUUUUCAAAUAUUGCAGGCUGUGUCUGGGUUUGAUCAUAAUCUUGUUCUAGUUGCUGAAUGAUCUGUCUUCAACAAAUGGCUUAGUGCUAGGCUUAGUAAAUUUAGUAACCAAAUAAAAGAUAGCAAAGUAACAUAGUAAAGAGUGUACUAGGGCAAAGCUGCGUCUCUUUUAAGCUUAAAGCUGUGCCUCUUUUAAGUUCAAAGCUGUGUCUCUUUUAUGUUUAAACUAAAGGGUCGGAGGCUUGAAACAAAUCCAAGCACUCCCUUAGUCCUAAUGUAAAAAUGUUAAUCAUGAAUAAAGGUGAGUGUAUUUUGAUGA